UCUUUGAAUUUUAAAAUGAUAUUCAAUAUCACAUCUGCUGAACGAUCAAUUAGGAAACAGUAUUUAUAUGCCUGUAGAUAUGCAUUUUCAGUAAACCAACUUCAAAGGAAAACAAGAUUUCUCAAAAUGAAGACCAUAGCGCUGGUUUGUUUGGUGAUGUGUCUGACCUUCGGCAUGGCAUCGUCCCAUUAUUACUAUGGUAAGGGCUUGAUGUCCGUUUUGUCGAAACAGGCUGAAGCUCUUUAUCGGGGUCUUGCGAUGGUUACUUCAGAAGACGGGGAUGUGCUUGCUAGUCAUCAUGAUCAUGGUUACCAUGGCUACAGACAUCGCGUAGCAUUCACAGCGGUUACGUCAAGCUCAACAACCUACAGUUCUGGGACCACCAUACCAUUUACCACUGUCAAAUCUAACUACGGACAUGCUUACAACAGCGGCAAUUACCGCUUCACUGCCCCUUCUAAUGGUGUGUAUGUCUUCUCUUGGAGCAUUGCUACCCACACAAGCUAUUAUGGUCAUACCAAACUGAUGAAAAACGGCUCUACGUAUCACCAAUCGCACUGCUCUUCUGGUUAUCAACAAUGCGGUGCCACCGUCACCAUCAUUCUGAACAAACACGAUCAAGUCUGGCUUGCGUCCGACUCUUCCAGCCUGUAUGUGUAUGCCACAUACUCGUCUUUCUCUGGAUGGAAAUUAAACUAAACAAUGUUUUGUCGAUGACUGAACAUCAAUAAAGAGGGAUUACAAAAUGUUG